AUGACUUCCAGGAGGACGGGCUAUGCGGGUGGCAUGGACCCCUCUCCAUCGAACAGCGGCUCCAUCCACAGUGGGAACCGCAAGCAAAGCAUCAUCAACCUCCCCGGCAGGACCGACUCCUGUUACGAUCGCAAACCCGACAAGGCGGCGUACGGAGCUGCGCAGGGCAACAUGACCGUCACGUCGCUCAAGUCCCGCCUGGCCCCGACCAUUCAGACCGCCAUGUCCGCCGCGGUGGACACCCUGCUGGGCGAGGUGGUGCUGGUCCUCAACGAGACCCAGCAGGAGCUGCUGCACAAGGAGCAGGAGAACGAGAGGCUGAAGGUGCGACUCGAGGUGUCGGAGCGGGAGCUGAAGACGCUGCAGGAGUGUCUGAGCAGCGCCCAGAAGCUCAUCGACCAGCUGCAGGUCUCGUACGGGGGCCCUCAGUCCAUCGGUCAGUCCGUGUUCGCCCCGUCUCUGUCUUCCAUGGCCUCCCUGACCUCGGGUCUGGACCGGGACCACCAGAACCCCCGGAACGUGAACGGAGCCGGCGUGGACCUCGGUCUCGGGGGCUCGGUAGACGAGUCGCUUCACGGGUUCGAGCCCAGAGACGACUACAAAAUGUGCCAGCUAUCGAUCCAACCAGACGGCUCUGUGACCAACCACGCGCUGGACUCCUUCACGUCCAACGCGUCUCACAUGUGUUCCGAUUCCAGCCGGCCAGAUGACAGGCAGUCUCAGGGACCAGGUGGACCGACCAGGUUUGAGAUAAAAGAGGAGCAGGGACUGGUUUCCGGCUCCGGUCAGCCCGGCAGGAAGGAUUCGGACGACGGAGAGCGGUCGUCUCACAACGCCGGUGACCUCAACUACGGUCAGGUGGGGGAGGGGGGUUCUCAGCGUUCAUUUACUCACCCCCUGCGGCACCAGAGGCCUGUGCGGGAGUGCAGUGUUGCCUUGCAGCAGGGUGGACUCGAUGGACACAAAGCUCUGGCCAGGACUCCUGGGAGGGGAGACAGCAUUUCGCCCGGCAGAGCCGAUGACUCAGCAGGACCCUCUGCCCCUGACACAGUCGUGGAUCCCGCUCUAGAUCGACCUCACCACUGUCUGGAGUGUGGAAAGACGUUCCGCUUGAUCUCCAGCCUGAAGAAGCACAUCCGCAUCCACACGGGAGAGAAGCCUUACCCGUGUGGGGUCUGCGGCCGCCGCUUCCGCGAGUCGGGCGCUCUCAAGACUCACCUGCGCAUACACACGGGGGAGAAGCCGUACUCUUGCUCCGAGUGCGGGAACUGCUUCCGCCACUUGGACGGCUUGCGGAAGCACCGGCGCACGCACACCGGAGAGAAGCCCUACGUGUGCGCCAUCUGCGGGAAGCGCCUGAGCCGCCUGCAGCAUCUCAAGCACCACCAGCUCAUCCACACCGGAGAGAGGCCUUGCUGCUGCCCCUUCUGCAACCGCAGCUUCAAGGAGCCCGCGGCGCUGCGCAAACACAUCCGCACGCACAGGGAGGAAGGCGGCCACUUGGGAAUUGGCGUCACUGAAGAGACAGACCCAGACGCCAUCGAUGACAUAAACAACCUGCAUCCGGCAGCUCCGUCCCCUCAGAUGAGGUUCGGAGAGUGGGGAGCAGAGGAGGACGACAGCUCAGUUGCGGACUGUGUGUAG